GCCAUCGGCCAUCGCUCGCCCGAAUUCGCCCUCGCGGACACGAGCUUGCAGAUCGUUCGAUCGUAACGUCAGAUACGAGGUGGAACAUAGGGGGGAAAAUGAAGAAUCUCCUACCGGGCUGGACGCUUCUAGCCAGCACCGGGGACACGUACGUGCGCACGUGUAAGCUAGCCAGACGCUCGUCGAGCACACCUGUCCGUCCGCUUGCGUGCUUUUUUACCGCCACCGAGUCACAGCGCCGCCACUCGCCGCUCUCCACUCUCACCUUCGCUCCCGUCGUCCCCUUCGCUGGCACGAGCAACAAGCAACUCGUUCGAUCGUUUUCAAACUCAGUCCAUCAGCUGAUCGCCGCCAUGGGGCACGGCAAGGAGGCGAAGACGAGACCAGACCCCAAGGUGGAGAUCCAGGAGAAGGGCGAGAUCUUCUUCUUCUACCGCCCCAAGGUGGACAAGGACGAGGCGCACAGCCCCGACGACGUGCAGCGCAUGUACAUCGUCCUGCGCCCCGAGUCCACCGGCGGCCGCGGCGUCGAGGAGAAGCAGGCGUCGGACUCCGGCAAGGAGGGCCGCAAGCGCCACCAACAAGGCGACGCCGCCGGCCAGGAAGGAAGCGAGCAGAAAGGCGCGGAAGGCGGCCACGGCAAGGAGGAGGUGAACAUCGAGGAGCAGCCGUUGCUCCGACUGGUCGUGAUGGGGAAGAAGAGCUUGCCGGACCCAGCGAAGCACAGCCGCCCGUACUGGGGUUACGUCGAGCUCGUCACCACCAAGGUCGAGGACAUCAAGGACGCGCUCAAGGAAGAGGAGUACAGCACGGCGACGCGAGGUAAGCGUCACAGGCCGGCGGCGCGGGCGCUGGGGGAGGGCGUGUACCGCAUCCUGAAGCACGAGUCGUCCGGCGGGCGGCGGCGGAGCCCGCAGUCGCACACCCACCUCGUGUACAAGCUGGAGCUCCCCACCCGCGGCGCCGGGGAACCGCAGGAGGCAAUGAACGUGGAGCCGGAGGCGUCGUUCCUCGUGCAGGUCAAGAACCCCGACCCGCCCUCCGGCGGCGGCCGCGACGACGGCGGGUUCCGCGGGCUGCAGAACAAGCGUCGGGCGGCGUUCCCCGCGCACCUGCAGGGAGCGUUCGGGAGCCGGCGGUACGCGCCGGCGGAUCCGCCGGACCUGCUCAACUACGAGGGCUGCGAGCUGCUGCUGAUCGCGGCGUCGGACGACGUCGAGGAGGAGCUCGGGCUGCAGCUGGAGGGGGAAGUGGAUGUGGAGGACGGCGAGGGUGAGACUCAGCAGGCCGCGGCGAGCUGCUCGGAUCUGGUGAAGAUGUUUGGCGAGGUGGCCGACGUGAAGCCGCUGCUGAGCGGGAGCUGGGACUAAACGACGACUGAUCCGCUCAUCUGAUGCCGUUGUACAGCGUUCCUAGGUCGUAGCCAAGUGUUUUGGUUUGCUAGCACGCUGCUUAUAGGUGUCUGUUCCUGUACUGGACCGACUGCUUGUAGUGUUUACUGUUUAUUAGUUUGCUGCAUAGUCCUUUCUUGCACAAGUUUAAAGCUUCACAUGGGGUGACGAGGAUCAAAUGACCGGUAGAGUGCCGGAGACGAAAUUUUCCUGCUC